AUGGGGAAAAGCUCUGUUACACCGAUUGAUUUGCUUCAUAAUGCCUCCAAUUAUAUUACUUUGAAAUUGGAUGAUACGAAUUACAUGCAAUGGAGCUAUCAGGAUAUCAUUUUGCUUAUUCUUAAAGGCUUACCUGUGGAAUACAAUCCCUUCAAAUCUCAUAUUCGUGCUCGACCAGUUCGAGUUACUCUUCCAGAGUUGUGUGAUUUAUUGCUCGAAGAAGAAUGUGAUUUGGAUGAUGCUGUUAAGUUCUUUAAUUCUCCGAUCAUGAUUGCUAUGGUUGCUCAGAAAGGCACCGUAUCCUUAUCACCACAUGUUGCCCAUGGUGAUAAUUUUCACUCUGGUUUGGUUGAUCGUGGAGUUGCUAAUCCAAAUUGGCAACUUAACUGGAAUCAACCCACGAAUUAUCGUGGUCGUGGCUCUUGGUCUCGGGGCAAAUCAUGGAAUAAUGGUGGCCGAGGCAAUACUUGGAAUAAUAAUGGUGGUGGUAAUAAUGGUCCUAACUGGAAUGGUUCUACCAAUAAGUGGAAUCAUGGUGGUCAGUCUGGAAAUUCCUAUGGUCAAUGGAACCAAGGAUCUGGUUCGUGGAAUAACAAUGCUGGUUUCAACAAUACAGGUUCAUGGCAUUCUACUAGUGGUCCAUGGCAUCUAAGGGGCAACUCAGGUUCUUUUACUCAGUAUUUUGUCUCUCCGAACUCCAGCCCUGGUGUUUUGUCACCUUCACCCAUGGCUCCACCAGUUUCAACUGUUGCAUCUUCUCUAGCUACUGAAACAUGUCAAAUAUGUCUCCAGUUUGGUCACACAACUCCUAAUUGCCCACAUCGCACCAAUUUCUCAUAUCAAGGCAUACCUCCAUCUCCAGCACUUACAGCUCUUACUGCAACUGCUAGUGGCUCAUUCUCAGAUCCCAACAUAUGGCUGAUAGACAGUGGUGCUACAAACCAUAUGACAUCCGAUCUUCAGCUGCUCUCCAACAUCACUCCUUCCACUUCCACUGAUAAUGUUACUAUAAGUAUGGUACUGGACUUAGGACUGCUAAUGUUGGUAGUUCCUCUCUUGUCUCUGGUCAUCAAGUCUUUCAUCUACUUGAGGUCUUCCAUGUUCCUAAUCUUGCCACUAAUUUGUUGUCAGUUCAUCGAUUUUGUCUUGAUAAUCACUGCCAGAUUUUAUAUAAUGCAUUGUGGUUCCAAAUCCAAGAUCUGCAGGGGCGAAUUCUGUAUCAAGGACAGUUCCAUAAUGGUCUUUGUCCACUUCCAACAAGGACACCUUCCCUUUUUCCUAGCCUGGCUGCUUUUCAUGGUCACAAAGUGUGCCAUACUCUGUGGCACUAUAGAUUAG